UUUUUUUUUUAAUUUUUAAAAGGACUUUAUUUAUCUGACAGACCGAAGGAGAGAGCACAAGCAGGGGGAACGGGAGAGGGAGAAGCGGGUUCCCUGCUGAGCAGGAAGUCUGACGGGGGCUGGAUCCCAGGACCCUGAGAUCAUGACCCGAGCCAAAGGCAGCCACUUCACCCACUGAGUCAGCCAGGCACCCCUUAAGGGGGAUUAAAAAAAGAGUAAUUAAUUCCCAGUGCAGGUCAUCUGAGGACUUCCCGAGCGUCCUUUAACAACCACUGCAGCCCGAGCGAGCGCCACAUGGGUUCUGAACUGGACCCAUGUGCACCGCUGUGGAAAAAUGAGAAGCAAAUGAGAACCUCGGGCUGGGUAUCCGGAGUGUGAUGCAGAAGUAUCUUCAGGAGAGAAAUGAAAUCACCUUUGACAAGAUUUUUAAUCAGAAAAUUGGUUUCUUGCUAUUUAAAGAUUUUUGUUUGAAUGAAAUUAAUGAAGCUGUACCUCAGGUGAAGUUUUAUGAAGAGAUAAAAGAAUACGAGAAGCUAGAGAACGAGGAAGAUCGCCUUUGCAGAAGCCGGCAAAUUUACGACACCUACAUCAUGAAGGAGCUGCUGUCUUGUUCACACCCAUUCUCAAAGCAAGCCGUAGAACAUGUACAAAGUCACCUAUCCAAGAAACAAGUGACAUCAACUCUUUUCCAGCCCUACAUAGAAGAAAUUUGUGAAAGCCUUCGAGGCAACAUUUUCCAAAAAUUUAUGGAAAGUGACAAGUUCACUCGAUUUUGUCAGUGGAAAAACGUAGAAUUAAAUAUCCAUUUGACCAUGAAUGAUUUCAGCGUACAUAGGAUCAUUGGACGAGGAGGAUUUGGUGAAGUAUACGGUUGCAGGAAAGCAGACACUGGAAAAAUGUAUGCAAUGAAAUGCUUGGAUAAGAAGAGGAUCAAGAUGAAACAAGGAGAAACAUUAGCCUUAAAUGAGAGGAUUAUGUUAUCUCUUGUGAGUACAGGGGACUGUCCUUUCAUUGUCUGUAUGACUUAUGCCUUCCAUACUCCAGAUAAACUCUGCUUCAUCUUGGAUCUGAUGAACGGGGGCGAUUUGCACUAUCACCUUUCACAGCAUGGGGUGUUUUCAGAGAAGGAGAUGCGGUUUUAUGCCACUGAAAUCAUCCUGGGGCUGGAACACAUGCACAAUCGGUUUGUUGUUUACAGAGAUCUGAAGCCUGCAAAUAUCCUCUUGGAUGAACACGGACACGUCAGGAUAUCCGAUCUCGGUCUGGCCUGUGACUUUUCCAAAAAGAAGCCACAUGCAAGCGUUGGCACCCAUGGGUACAUGGCUCCCGAGGUGCUGCAGAAGGGGGCAGCGUAUGACAGCAGUGCCGACUGGUUCUCCCUGGGUUGCAUGCUUUUCAAGCUUCUGCGAGGGCACAGCCCUUUCAGACAACACAAAACCAAAGACAAGCAUGAGAUAGACCGAAUGACCCUCACCGUGAAUGUGGAACUCCCAGAGGCCUUCUCCCCGGAACUGCGGUCCCUCCUAGAAGGCCUGCUCCAGAGAGACGCCAGCAAGCGACUCGGCUGCCAUGGGGGCGGGGCACAAGAAGUAAAGGAACACAUCUUUUUCAAAGGAAUCGACUGGCAGCACGUCUACUUACAGAAGUACCCUCCACCCUUGAUUCCUCCCCGAGGAGAAGUCAAUGCUGCUGACGCCUUUGACAUUGGCUCAUUUGAUGAAGAGGAUACCAAGGGCAUCAAGCUUCUUGAUUGCGACCAAGAUCUCUACAAGAAUUUCCCCUUGGUGAUCUCCGAGCGCUGGCAGCAGGAAGUAGCAGAAACAGUUUAUGAAGCUGUAAAUGCAGACACGGAUAAAAUCGAGGCCAGAAAGAGAGCUAAAAAUAAGCAACUUGGACACGAAGAAGAUUACGCUCUGGGAAAGGACUGUAUCAUGCACGGGUACAUGCUGAAGCUAGGGAACCCAUUUCUGACUCAGUGGCAGCGUCGGUAUUUUUACCUCUUUCCAAACAGACUUGAAUGGAGAGGAGAGGGAGAGUCCCGGCAAAAUUUACUGACGAUGGAACAAAUUCUGUCUGUGGAGGAAACUCAGAUUAAAGACAAAAAGUGUAUUUUGUUGAGGAUAAAAGGAGGGAAGCAAUUUGUCUUACAAUGUGAGAGCGACCCUGAGCUCGUGCAGUGGAAGAAGGAGCUGACCGAGACCUUUACGGAGGCCCAGCGGCUGCUGCGCCGCGCGCCCAAGUUCCUCAACAAGUCUCGGUCCAGCGUGGUGGAGCUGUCCAAGCCUCCUCUCUGUCACAGGAGCAGCAACGGCCUCUGACACCCGGGACAGGAGGGUGUUGGGGAGAUUGGGCCUUUCAGCCCUUGACAUGGAGCCUUUUGGAGAAGUCUGAGGGUCAGAGGUUCUGUUCACUUGUUCCUGGGGCCCUUCCACGAUGGGGAGGACCCAGGACACCGAGGUGCUCCUAAUAGGAGCUGUGACUGUGCUCGGGGUCCGGGACUGGCCUCUCAGCCUCCAGUGCCUCCUGCGCAUCACAUCUGUCUCUGCUUGAAACUACUGAAGAAACAAACAAAAGUUCUUUCCCUUUGUUCCCCACCUGUUUGGGUGGACAUGAACCUCCAAACUUGAAAUGAUCCCUGCUUAUCACUUCAGUUUGUAUGUCUGAUAUCAAACCUAUCUUAGACUUGCCAAGUGGGAGUGCAGCCCCUGACGGCAUUGAGGCUGGACGGCCCGAGCACUGCCCUGUGGCACCUAUGGGGCUCGCACGUGUCCACUCCAACACCACUGGAUGGGAGGUCAGCCGUGCGCUUCAGCAUCGACUUCCUGAGGCCCCAGCCUGCGAGCUGAAGAUACUUUCUGAGACGGUUGCACGUGGGCCCCCACUGUGUGAGCGGCAGCAUCCAGGUACCUGCCCGCCUCCGACAGAGAGCAGAGGUGGGGAGUCAUCCAUCACCGAAGGCGUUUAGCAGCGGGUCGUUGGAAGGCUUUACAGGGAUUCCAAAGGACAGGCAGUGGGGUUUUAACUUUCAUGGCAACAGUGAUUUUCAGAAAUCGUCAAAUAAACAAAUUGCACUUUCACAUGUCUGGGUGUGCACAGACACUUGGGGGUAAGUCUGUCCUGGGCCCUGACAAUAAGCAGUUUUAGGAUACAGUCGUUCUGGUUCCUUCUGCCUGCCCUUGGGACACAUAUCCGUAAUGGAUGCAUAUAGGAAGGAAAGAAUUGCUCUGUUUCACAUUAUAGUAUAGUUUAAAAUGAAUUUUAUUGACAAAAGAAUGCUGAAGAAUGAAUGUGUUGAAAUGAGUUAACCGUGUAUGUUGACUUUCAUGUUAUCCUCCACCGGUCCUUAGUAAGUGGUCCUUGGCCCCGGGUGGGUCGUCCCACAGCGUGACAGCAGUGGAGCAGGAAGGCCGGUCGCCUGAUCCCUGGGGCAUCUUAUCUUCUCUUCACAGUCUGUUCUACAAUGCGUUCUGCGCCCUUUUCUCGCCCCCAAUAAAUGCCGGGCUGUAAGAACCAGUGUGUUUCCCAGUGAAGUCUCUCUGUCAUCAGACUAGAAAUAAUAACAAUAAUUUUUAAAGUCCACAUAUUUGUCUUAUUCUUAGUGCAAUCUUGUUGUAUGUUUCUAAGUCAACUACUAACAAUAUAAAUAACUUAACAUUAUCAUUAUCUGCAUCCUGCCCUCGAUAUUUUUAGUGGCUCCAAAUCUCUGUGCACUGUGUUCUUUGAGAAAGUGAGGACUUCUUAAUGAAAUUAUAUUUUGAGAGUUUGGAAGAUAAUUACUGAAAGUUUUUAUAUUUCAUAAGAGUCGCCUUGGAAAAGAAAUCUGGAGGUCGACUCUCCAUCUCAACUGCUAGUUGAGGUUUAAAUUAACAUCCACGUUCUACUCUGCUAUUUCCAGUAGAGGAGGACAGAUGCACUCUUUACAUGCAUCCCCCUGGUUUAAAAGGGAAGAACAGUGUUCACAUUCUGCUUUUUAAAAAACCAAAACCAAAAAACCACUAGCAACAGAAAAGUAACUGUUUCUCGUAAAGGGCGAGCACCUUGCGGCCGUAGUUAAUGACAUUUGUUACUGCUGUCACCCCCUCCACUGCCAGCUCCCAUCGCUCAGCAUUUGCAGGUUAGAAAUUGCUAUAUCCCAAGCUUCUGCGGGACAUUCGAGGCUGUCCUGUCAAGAAGGGCACAGAUUCCUUCAGGAUCCGGGCUUAACGUCUGCCAUUUCACACCUAGGACAUUAGCCAGGCCAACCUGCAGCUCUUUGAAAGAUAGCAUUUUUGCUCUGGAGUAGAACAUGAGGUUGAUCUUUUAGAAAGGAAACAUAAAUUGGGAAAUAUCCUGAGAGCACUUUUGCCUCAAACCUAAUUUCCAGUGUUGGCGUCUUGUGUGGCCAGGCUUCUGCCUACACUUGUCCCUGCAGCCAUUCUGACAGGGCCAGCGUCUCUGCUGCCAGACGGAAGGUGCUUCUGGGACCCUUCUGUGCCAGCACGUUGUGCCUGCAUGGCCAGCGAAGGCCACUGGUGUAGAGAUCUUGGUAUACUUGGUUGGCUAUUUCAGAGAGUUUUAAGAGCAUUACAUCAUUCUUAGAUGUUUGACCCUCCCUACGUUUAGAACAUUAAAAAGGACAAAAUUCACACACUUUCUCAUUCAAAGAAGAUAAACUUGAUACUAUUUUUGUAAAGCUAUAAUGUCUUGAUUCCAUAAAUCAAGGGAAUUAAUAAAGCAAAGUCUAAAGACUCUAAGAUGGCUUUGAGCUGCUAUCCAACAUAGAUGGAAGAAAUUAAAAACUUUAGUGACUCCAAGGUUAUUUUUUUAAGUUAAAAUAUUCUCUCUGGUGCAUUUGUCCCUUCAUGGCAUUGAGAGUCAUGGUUUUUCCCUCUACUAUCAUGUAAGUAUGAUUUUUCAGCAAAACUUCUAGAAAUUAGCUGCUUCGCCACUAAUGCAAAUGUCUCCCCACUCAUGCCUCUGAUUGGCCAAUCUGCACACAUUACAGUUUCAAAAUUUGUGUGGAAAAAGUAGGGCCAGAGAUGAAGGAAAGCAAACAUCCUGCCCAAGAAAGGCCACCACCGCCACAACACGCAACCACAAGAUCUAGCCUGAUGUGUGAUUUGAAAUAUGCCAUAUGGAUACUAGAAACAAUUGUUUUAAGGCCCUUACUGGCCAUUAUAAAAUAUCCUUUACCAAUUGACAGUGAAUUUUAACUCCGUGAAAAAGAACAAAGUGUGGUUUUUCUCUGAUGAUUCAAAAAAUUUCACUUGGAAUUUGUAGUUGGGCCAGUUCAAUACAGUGUUUGACUUUUCAGUGGUUUUUCAUAUCAAGAAGAGAAACAAAUUCUCAGAGUCGGACCUUUUUCACAUAAUGUAAAUCUGUAAAAUGUACUUUGAAAUGUGCUGGUGUUAAGAGAAGACUUACUUUGUAGGACUUAGUCAUACAUAGAUUUUUUUUUUUUUCCCUCAGUAAUUUUUUUCAGGGAAGUGUUUCUGGGUCAUUCAGAGAUGGCUGAUGACUUACGUCCUCCCCACCCCUGAGGACCAACUCGUUUGUGCCCAGAGAGGAGGUGGGCUUCACCGGAGUCUGUGGCAGGUGGUGUCUGGGAGUCAUGGGCUGUAGGGAUGGGUGAGCGAGUGCCAGCCAGCCAAGAACAGUGGUAGAAAUGGGGCGAAGGAAGGAAAGCAUUAACUUGCAGGUGAAAAAGCCAUUCCCUUUACACCAAGCACCAAGGAAAUAAAGUUGGCUAAUUCUUUUCCUCCUUACAAUGGGAGUUGAAUAGUAAUUACCGUGAGAUAUAGUCACUUUAUUUUCAAUUAGAGUUGCUGAACUUAUGGACAGGCCAUCGGCUUUCCAUCAGGGCUCUGCACACCCUCCAGCACCCUCCAGGAAGGCACCCAGCACCCAGAGUUAACACCUGUCUGUGUGUGCCUCGCAGCCACUGGGAUGGCCAGGCACAGGAUCUGGGGCCUGGGGCCCUGAGGCCAGCCGCAGACCUCAUUGCUCAUCCACUGGAGCCGCAAGAAGACCCCCAGAAUAACAGCACAUUGCUUGCUGUUUGAGCCAUGCCCACUUGUAGAGUGAGCUUUAGCAGUUUAAAUUUUGAAAACGUUUCUUCCUAAAGAUCUACCAUGAUUUUCCCUCCCAUGAAAGGUUGACUCCAGACGUCUGAAUUAAUCAGUUACUUAUAAAUUCAUAUGAAUAUCAAUUUUUUCUUUUUACCCAGGCCACAUUUCAAAGAGGUUUUUAUUUUCUUGUUGAAUUAAUGAAAACCGAACUCUGAAAUGAUACCAUUUCCUCAAGUCGUAAUGUUAGAUUUCUUUCAGCCUCAAAGACCAAUAGACCUGCUUUUUUAUAGCCGAAGGACAAGGAUGCCUUCCCCACCUUGCCCAAUGCCCAGCCACUCACUGAUGUGGCCGGGGGGCACUGAUCGGUAAAUGCAGCACCCCAAAUGUUAAAUUACCUGUAUUUAAACAUACACACGUACUCCGUACAGAAAAUGAGUUAGUAGUAUAUGCAUUUCAUCAAAAGCCUGCAGAAACAAAAACUGUGUUUUAAAGUUUCAGCAACUCCCAUUCUUAUAGUAAACUCUCCUAUACACCACAAUCUCAAAACCAUCUCUGAAAACUGGUAACUCUGCUUCCAUAUUUAAUUUCGUCCUAAUAUAAAAACGUCUUUCAUGUAAGGGUAGGGAAUGGAAAACUAUUUCUAACCAUGCACUCAUAAUUACAAAAGGACUUGAAAUUUAAUUCCCCGUGUCUCAGUUGAUUAUAUCCCAGGUUGUAUAUAUUAUAUGUGGUUUAUAAGCUAAACACUGGCCAUUUUUUUAAGUUCUAUUGUAAAAUCGUAUUUUUCUAUGUUUUAACUAAUUACAGUAGAUUUGGCUUUUUCUGAGUAACAUAAAGAUUGCUAAACGACAUAUAUUAAAAAACAGAGUUCUAUUUUAGCACAAAAGCAUUUUAUAUUAUUUAUUGAAUCCUUACAUUUGUUGUCAUCAGAAACAUUCCUUCUUUCUGCUCCUUUUUAUUUGUAUAGUUUGUUAUUUAAGGAGACGGCAGCCCUUUCUGUGUUUCAUAAAGUGGAAAUGAUGCACACAGCAUUAUUGUGGGGCAAACAUCCCCCCUCACUGCCAUGGACUGUUUGCAACAAAAGCUCACCCUCUGGUCUGUGCUGAGACAUAUGCGCUUCCUGGGCAACAUCUGACAGCCACCUUGCCGAGAAAUACUGCUUUCAUCUACCUCUUCAGAAGGCCUCCUGCUUGUUGACAGGCACCCCCAAAUGCUUGCUUCUAGACUGGCUGCAUUAUCAAAGAAUCUCAAACACAUUUCGGCGGGAUUCCCUCUUGAUGUCAAUGUUAAAGCCACAGCAUCAUCUAAGCCAGCGGGGCAGGUAGAUAGAUAGCCCUUCUGCAUCGUUCUGGAGCCCAGAACCGCCUGCAGAGCAUCAUUUCCUACUCUGAUUGUGCCAAAUCCCUGGAAUCCGUCCUGCCAUCGCCAGGAGAUUCGACUGUUGCACCUGAUUUAUCAAGUACUAAACGGGAGGUCGGUCCUCAGCACUUGUUACAAGUGGCCAGCCGUGAUUAAAAACACCCCUUCCAGGAGGAGCGCAUUUGAACGUAACCACCCCCACCCCUUGCUGUCUCAAAAUGGUUUGGAAAAUGGGGUCCUAAAGACUAAUGCCCUCGUAUGUGAUUAAAUCUUGGCCAGAGGCCCUAUUCUUGAGUUGACGGACCCUCAAAGAUUUCUGUGAGCUAGGAUGGAUGACCGGUCUCUGGGAGAGGGGGUUCCUCCUCACGUGUUGACAUUUCUCUCCGCCCUGUCUUCCUCGCUGGGUAGCCAUCAAUGUGGCAACAUAUUCACUAUAUUCUUGGCAACCUGUCACACCCUUUAAGAAAGAAAUCCGUGUUCUCUUGUGCGUUGCCCUACGAGGUGAAGCCGGUGAAUUAGGUAUUGUCAAUCUAGAUGUUGUACCUAUAAAAUGAUCAUUUGUCUUGGUGUCUCUUUGCAUUGAUUGUGCCAGUGGAAGUUUCUAGCCCUCUCCUAGUACACACUUAACUAGUGCACGUUGGAAGUCCUAUCCUUCGGGAGACGUCGUUCCACGCCUGCGGUCACCCACCCUGUGCGGGGCACGUACUGUCAUUUGGUAUCACCGUCUUUCACAGCUAUUUUGGAGCAGCUAGGCUGGUUUCUUCUGUUGAUAAAUUGCUUCUAUAAAAUCUCAAUAAAAAGGCUCUGUACAAAGAUA